UUUCAGAAAUGUGGAAAACACGAUAUAAAAAUCAAAGUGCAUCAGUGAGCAAGGAAAAAGAAGAAUUUGCAUGCGUAAAUUGCCAGGAAUUCACUUCGACGUUGUACAAAAAGUAUUCCGAGGGAGUUAUUCGAUUAACAGAAUGUGAUAAUUGUGGAGAAGUUGUGGACAAGUACAUCGAGUAUGACGUGGUGCUCGUUGUUAUCGAUUUAAUGCUCCAAUACGUUCAAGCAUAUCGACAUCUUCUUCUCAAUGUUAGAAUUCAACGACCCGAGCGUCUUUUUGUGAUAUUUUGGCUGAGUCAUGCUGCAGAUGUUUGGAUUCGUGAUAAUAAAAACAACGAAGCGAAAGAAUUGACCGAUCAGGAGUGGAUGUUCUAUCGAUGUUUACUGCUCUCUGUCGUGGAAAUAUUCUCAUUCAUCAGUGCCAUUUUGAUGUAUUCACUUUGGAAAAAUGACGAAACAAAUUAUCGGCAGCUGAUUGCAUCGACACUUCUCGGAUAUUAUGGAAAUGUCGCAGUAUUCAUCUCCUUCGUCUUCUGCCUUUCUCAUCGAACUUCCUACCAAAUUGUGAUGCAAAUCUUCCUGCUGGUCUCACAUAUCCAAGUGCAACGAGUCCUUUUCCCAGCCGUUUCUGCUACUGACAACAUCAUCGUUGUGCUCACCGCCAAGACAUUCUCCACUUAUACGGGAUCACUUUUCACUUCUUCGGUUUUUUAAAAAUUUAAAAAUUCAAUUGUUUUAGUAAAUACGUGUAAUCAAAAACCUGUCUUCCGUGAAAAAACCUAACAAAAAAAAACAAAUGAACUCCCCAUAGUGUAUAUCAAAUUGAAUUAUUUCUCAUCUUCUGGACGAAUCGAU